GGCAUCGCUAGUAUUCACAUGACACCGGAAGGAGAAAGGCCGAGCUCGAACGAAUGGGAACGAUAGAUUAUUAGAUUGCUAGAGAGGAGGAGGAGAGAAGAAGUUCCUCUUCCGGUUCACCCACGGGAGGAGGAUGGAGGCGUCGGCGGAGCCUCUUGUGCUGCUCGGAGGGCGGAAGCGGCUCCUGGGAGGUGAGUGGAGGGAAGGUCGGAGGAGAAGCCUUUUGGGUUCCUGCAGGGCCUGGAAGCAGCGAAGGGACAGGAAUGAAACAUGAGGGCUGCUCCUGCUGCAGAUUCUUUCUCUCCCCCAAAUGUUUUUAUUAUCCUUUUUCUCCAGGAUUUAAAGUUGCUGCCUAUGAAAAAUGAAGUUCAACAGCUGUAGAAUCAAGCUGCAGCAUGAGAAAAUUGACAAAAGUAAAGGGAGUCUGAAUACUUUCUGAAUGCACUGUAUUUAGAAAGAUAAGAACAUUUCAGGUUAAGUGACAGGCCUGGGAUGUCUUGGCCAAAAUGCCUGCAGAGCAUUUUGGGGAAGAGAGACUGGUGUGCACAAGAGGCAGGUUGGUUGAGCUCCAAAGUGGCUUCAGUUGUUGGAAUAAAAUGCCCUGUGGAGAGUUUUUCUUUAUAUUCUGUUCACCCAGUCCUGCUUCCUCUAGUUAUUCCAUUACCAUCUUCCUUUUCCAAUUUUCAAUUUUUCUCCAAAUUCUGUCUGUUUAAGGCACAGCAUUUCUCUGUGUCUUUCCACCUUCGCUUUCAUGGCAUUCCCUUUCUGUAAAACCAACAAGCAUGGUAUGUAAAUUGUCAUUGUCAUAUAACAUCAUGCUUAACCAUUGGGCUGCUUACUGACACAGAUGCCAGUCACAAUUGCACUCAGUAAGUCAGGAUUGUUUGAAUUGGGAUGUCACCAGAAGGGGUUGUAGACAGCAUUUUCUACUCUUACUUGCAGCUGAGGACUUUCAUGAGCAAAACUGGUGCUUCAAAUCUUGCAGAGGGUUUAGGUAUCAUUUCAUCAGCAUUUCCAGAUAUAUUUGAUGAUAAGCCUUUGCACUGCUAAGAAUUUGUGAAUCAUCAAAGUGAAAAAGAGAAUUUCAUGACUGAAUGGAUAGUUGAACUUGGACACAAAUGUGUCAAAUGAAUCAUAACUAAUACAAAGAAGUUGUCAAUAAGAGCACUCUAGAAAACUGAGAAUAACAAGCAACAUUGGAAAAGAAAGUAAAGCCAGAUGGAAAUCAAAAUAUUUUCCAUUUCCUUCAGAAAACCACAAAAUUCUUCUCCUUUCCCAGCAGUUGAGAGACAAAGGAGAGAAAAUUAAGAGGAGAUUCAAUCUAGAAAAAGGGGGGUAAAAUGUGACAAAUUGUGGUUUAGCGAAGGACACAAACAUAGCAACAUCAGAGGACUCACACCAGUGAGAAAUUGUACGAGCUCAGUUUGAGGGAAAAGUGUCAUCAGAAAUGUCCAGCUCAUUAGCCACCAGAGAACUCACACCAGAGAGAAACCCUAUCAAUGUCCUGUCUGAGAAAAGUUUCAGUCAGAUUUCCAGCCUCGUGACACACCAGAGGACUCACACAGGAGAAAAACCGUAUGAAUGUCCAGAAUGUGAGAAAUGUUUCAGUUAUAUUUGCAAUCUGAAAACACACCAGAGGACUCACACAGGAGACAAACCAUAUGAGUGUCCAGAGUGUGGUAAAUGUUUCAGUCAGAAUUCCAAUCUUGUGAGACACGAGAGGACUCACACAGGAGACAAACCAUGUGAGUGUCCAGAUUGUGGAAAAUGUUUCAGUCAUAAUUCCAACUGUGUGAAACAUCAGAGGACUCAUACAGGAGACAAACCGUAUAAGUGUGCAGACUGUGGGAAAUGUUUCAGUCAGAAUUCCCACCUUGUGACACACCAGAGGACUCAUACAGGAGAGAAACCGUAUAAGUGUCCAGAGUGUGGGGAAAGUUUCAGUCAGAUUUCCAGCCUUGUGACACACCAUAGGACUCACACAGGAGAAAAGCCGUAUGAAUGUCCAGAAUGUAAGAAAUGUUUCAGUUAUAUUUACAAUCUGAAAACACACCAGAGGACUCAUACAGGAGACAAACCAUAUAAGUGUCCAGAUUGUGGGAAAAGUUUCAGUCACAAUUCCAACCUUGUGACACACCAGAGGAUUCACACAGGAGAGAAACCAUAUGAGUGUCCAGAGUGUGGGAAAAGGUUCAGUAAUAAUUCCAACCUGGCGGCACACCAGAGGACACACAGCCUUGAUAAUGGCUAACUAUCUGUUUCUGGUGAUCAGUAGAACUUUCUGGAUAUUUCCUUUUGCAGAAGUGUAGAAUAAUAAAGCUGAUAAAGCUG